UGCCAUUCAGAAUGCAGUGUUUGUGAAGGCGUAGUUCUGUUGUUUUUUAUAUUUUUCGCUUUAAUUAUACACAAAAUGUUGAAACCCAAAGCUUUGACGCAGGUCCUCAGCCAGGCGAACACCGGCGGAGUGGAGAACACCCUCCUGCUCAGCCAGGAAGGAGCUCUAUUGGCCUACUCCGGUUAUGGCGAUAAGGAUGCCAGGAUAACGGCGGCCAUAGCCAGCAACAUAUGGGCGGCCUACGAGAAGCACGGACGCAACGCCUUCCGCGAAGGUCGCCUCAAUUUCGUGCUCAUCGAUUGUGAGAACGGUCAUGUGGCCAUCACACAGGUCGCCAGUGUCCUUCUGUGCCUGUACGCCAAGCAAACGGUGGGAUUGGGUCUUCUGAAGCAAAAGGCCAUGUCACUAGCCUCCUAUUUGGAGCGACCGCUAAAGCAGAUCUCGGCUUCAUAAGUAGAAAACAAUGAUGUACCAAGUUCGGAACUGAAUAAGUUAAUAAGUGUAUGCAUUAAAAUUGAAUCAAAUGAAU